UUGGUCUUCGCUAAUAUGGACUACGUGUCUAGGCUAUUUAAAAGCCUCCCUUUUUAAUUUUUCACACAACUUACAUUGUUUUAUUUAUUCUACCAUAUAUAUGCCCCAUUUCCAAUACACGGCGUGAGUCUCCAAUGUUGGGUUGAUUGCUACUUCUGACGUGGUUAUGCUGGAUGGCUCAAAUAAAUGGGAGCAGAGUUUGAUUCUGUGAUCAGGAUUCCUUAUGGGAGUUAUUGAGGUUUCUGCUUCCUGACUCUCUUUCAUCAGCCUCUCAGCAUGCCACACAUCAUUUUCCCGCAUUCACGGAGUCACUUGAAGGUUACAGCCUUCGUGAGGGUUGGUAUGGAAUUACUCCACAUAACACAAGAACUGUCAUGCAGAAGAUCCCAUUCAACACACCAGACUUUUCUUCCGCUUACUCAAGACGCAGUAUUUUGAUGAAGGAUUACAACAGACUACACGGAAAACGCCGACAUCAAGAAAUGCCUUAUGAUUGCGGUACUUCGUUGGCGAAGUACCUACUUUGCCUGUUCAAUUUCGUCUUCUUUGGGUUUGGAACUGUGGUUCUUGGCAUUGGAAUAUGGAUUGCUUCGGACAAACAUUCAUUUAUUCAAUUUACUAAGCUAAUUGAUAACGAGGAACUGCGGAUUCAGUUCCAGCAGAUCACACAGCCAACUGUCAUAGAACAAGCUGCAUACAUUCUAAUUGCAGCUGGGGCAUUCAUGUUUUUGGUUAGUUUUCUUGGUUACUGUGGAGCACUACGCGAGUCAAGAUGCUUGCUGACAUGUUAUGGAGUAUUUCUUCUUAUAAUUCUGCUGAUGGAAAUUACUGCUGGAGGUUUGGCUGCAGCCUAUAGAAGUGAGGCUGAGAAAGAGACUCGAGUUUUCUUGAAAUCCACCAUUAGUAAAUACUACGCUGCCAAAGAAAAGGAUGCUGUUACCCUCAUGUGGGACUAUAUUAUGGCUAACAUGAAAUGUUGUGGCGUUGACAGCUAUGAAGACUUCAGUGAGUCGAAGAAAUGGAUCGAGGGAGGCAAGAAGGUCCCAGACGCUUGCUGUGUUUUAGAAGGCGAUGUAGCCAAGUUUAAACCCAUGUCUGAAAUGUGUCCAGAUGUUCCAACAGACAUCAAUUCCUACUGGAAAAAGGGCUGCUACGACACAUUCGUUCAACUGAUCAUGGAGAACAUCAACAUUGCGAUUGGAAUAGGAAUUGGAAUAGGUCUCGUCCAGCUGUUGGGAAUCAUUCUGGCAUUCUGCCUCUGCAGGUCCAUAAAUGGAUACAUCAAAUGAAAUGUCUUGUCACGCAGCCGUAAAGAAAAACAAAUUUAUGUUACUCAACAUUCUGUGAUUUAAAAAGUGUUUUCAAAGGACAUGUAUUUAUGAUACAUUGUAGUGGAAAGGAAUAUUUUUGUUUCGUUACACUUUGUUUUAUACUUCUACUUAGGUUUCUAGUUGUGUUAAUGUGAAGUUGUACUGUUUACCAUAAAAUACAAAGUAUUUCCUCCCCAUAGGAAAUAAAAUCAAGUUAUUACAUUUAUAAACACGUACAAUUUUGCAGAGAUAAUUUCAAGAGAGGUAUGAUAUAAACUUGUUUGAAAACUACCAUUACUCAUCUUUAAAUGUGAAUGUAUUUAAGACAUAUUUUUAAAUUAUCUGGUAUUUGUUAAUUUUUCUUGCAGUCACUGAGAAUGAAAUUUCACUAUAACCCAAGAUAUGUGAACGACAAAAAGGAAUACAUACCACAAAAUGAGAAGUAUGUACUGAAAAUGAUUCCGUGAGCAUAUCUGAACGCGUAAUGAGUUCAAGGUGUUUUUGAACCACAUGUACAUUGUAUCUGUGUGCCUGAAUAUUGAUGAUUAUUUUUGUAUCAUAAACUAGGUAGCUUAAUGAAUAAAAUGGACUUGCACCGAAACAUUCCACAUCUGUUGUACAUAGGAACACAGCGAGUUACAUUUUAUUAGGAAAUUGUUUGUUUUGUUGUCGUGGUGCUACAUUACCUUAGGCCGGACGCAAACGGAGCCACUAGCCACAGCCACUUGUGGCCGCCACAAGCUGCGGACUGUAUUUUGUAUGGAGUUUUAAUAGACUCAGCGCAGACACGGCGUUCGUAGUGGCCCGACCGGGCCACUCGCUGCGGUAGUGGCCGUGUCUCCUUGUGGCUGCCUCCGACCACUGUUUAUCCCGCUAGUGGUCGUGUUUAGCCACUAGUGGCUCCGUUUGCGCCCAGCCUUAAUCACCGGCAUCCAGACAAACGAACACUCCGCAUUGUAUACCAUGUUAUCUGAUAUGGUAAUUGUACUGAAUGUUAAAUGUGUUAAAUCUUGUGUACAUGUUCAAUAUUGUAUAAGAAGUGUUUGAAUCUAAAUUUUGUCUAAGUACAGAAGAUAAACUAAAAAUGGAUAAUCUACAAAGAAUUUUUAUGUUGUGUGGAACUUUUCAAGUUUAUCUUAUGAUGUACUGAUAUUGAAAGUGGAUUAAUUAUACAGAAAAUAAAUAAUUUUUUUAUA